UUUUACUUUGAGCAAAGCCCACUGCUAAAGCCUUUACCUUUCUCUCACCCCCCCUCCCUCCUCCCCAGGUCUGAAGAGCUGAAGGGGAGGGUAUCGUUGGGGUGGGUGGUGAACAGAAGGGGGAAGAGAGAGAAAUGAAUGAGCCUGCGCUUGUAUACAGUUGCAUCAAAUACAUUCUUGAAAGCAACCUGGUUCUGCUUAACACUUGAAUUUUUUUAAAAAAGGCAGCAGCUUCGAGAGAGGGUGUAUGCACUUUUUCUUUCUUUCCUUUCUUUUUUUUUAUAUUCGUACAUUCCUGGACACCAAUCAAAAGAGCAAAUCACGGGAGGUGGAAGAGUGGAGAGGGAGAGAGAGAGAGAGAAAGAGAGAGAGAGCGGUGAAAACUUUGCGCACAAACAAAAAAAAAAAAGUACAGACAGCUUUUCCCACCUAACACCCAGCAAACACAAACCAAAACAAAUAGGGAAGAGGAGAGGAAAAAAAAAGGAAAGGAAAGGAACCCGGGGCAGAGCCAGCCGGGAGAAAGGCAAUUUUUCACUCCGCACCGGGGAGCUGAAGCGAUCAUUCGGAACAAAACCGCUUGUCUGCUAACCCGCAGCGUCGCCCCCAGCCCACACUCUGAGUCUACUAUGCUAUGUGUUGCUGGGGGGGGUUCAGGAGAUUCGUGGGGGAUCCUUGCCUUCCUGUGUGCCACGCUCUGGAACCUUCCUGUGGUGCCUGCACUGAACAGCACGGACCAAGUGACUACCAGACAGUCCAUCCAGCAGACGUACGACCUUACGCGCUAUCUGGAACACCAGCUGCAUGCGCUUGCGGCCACCUAUCUCAACUACUUGGGACCACCUUUCAACGAGCCAGACUUUGACCCUCCCCGGCUGAUCGGGGCAGAGGCUGUUCCCAGUGCCACUGUGGACUUUCAGCUGUGGCGCAGUCUGAAUGACAAUGCACGGCUAGCAGCUAAUUACCGGGCUUACAGCCACUUAUUGUGCUACCUGAGGACCAUGGAUGGAGCAACCCCAGCAGCCAUGCCAACUUUACGCCACAGCCUGGCCCACUUCCGUGCCAGCCUCCAAGGGCUGCUGGGCUCCAUUGCUGGCAUCAUGGCUUCUCUGGGCUACCCACUUCCGCCUCCAGUGCCUGAUGGUAUUCCUAGCCCUAACAGCCAUUUCCUGCAGAAGAUGGAUGACUUCUGGUUGCUCAAAGAGCUGCAGACUUGGCUGUGGCGCUCAGCCAAAGACUUCAACAGGCUGCGCAAGAGGGUACCACCUUCUGCUGUUAUGCUGCACCUUGAAACCAGGGACUUUUGACCCCUGCCCUUCACCAUUCUUUGUCUCAUCACCUCAACCAUUGAUGGCAAUGAUACAUGCCCUGCAAAGGCCUAAGGUUGUUCAAAGUCUAUGAAUCUACUCUGCCCUCACAACUGACUUAAAAAAAUGUUCCCCUGCUUCAUGGUGCUGCACUGCUCUCAUUUAUGAAGCUGUGCCUCUAGGUGAGCAUACUCUCACCUACCCAUUCCCUUCCUUCCUUCUCCUUGUCCUUAGUUUCCUACAUUUUUCUUAUUCCUUCCUUCCCAGAGGGGACUAUUUUUUCAGAAGGAGAGGAAGAACCCUACUCCCUCCCAUCUCAGUGAUGAGCAAUAAGCCCUGGCCGCAGGGCAGCAAACAUCUGGCAACUUCCACCUCUAAUAAUCCAACUCCUUAAAUUUGUUCUCCCAGAUCCUAGGUUCCUGCAUUCUCUUUUUAAGGGAAUGUACUAGUCAGGAGUUGGUUAGGCUCACAAUGGUGAGACUGGUCAGUUCUUAAGGGAGCACAUACCUUUCUCACUGAAGUCAAGAGCUCUGGCAGAAAAUGGGUAGGGCCAUCAUCCUAACAGUCCUCACUGCCUGUUUGUACUUCUCCUUCCGUGCUGUGGCAGGCAGGCAGGUGAAGCUGUGUGGUUUACACUGACACCAGCAAGGGGGGAGGGAAGGAGAUGGAGAGUUUCCCAUGUAUGGCCCCACAUGCCUGUCUCUCCCCUUCCGUCUCUGCCCACCCCCUUUUCUCUUCUCCCCAUCAGGUUGUUUUAUUCUCAGUUUGUCUGUAUUAAUAUUUAUUUAUUUUCAGAUGUUAUUUAUUAGAUUGUAUUUAUUGCAGAAUUUCUAUUCUUGUAUUAACAAAUAAAAGGCUUU